GUUAUACUCUUUUCUGUUCGUCUACUGUAUAUAAGACUGAUUUGCCGUCCUUUGCCGUCAUAAAAAAGUAGCCUGUUGCAGCUUUUGUAGACCCGCAUUUGCAGUUCCUUUCUGACCUAGCUGUAUAGUAAUACCCCAGGUGUCAUCUGUAAUAUAAAAGAUGAAUAUGGUUUGAUUAAACAGAAAGCAUUCAAUUUUCUUGUUAAAUCGAAACGAACGACCCGGUAUCAAAGCAUAUAUCAUUAUUGGAAUGCCCCACAGAAAUUCGUCGUCGUUGUCGCGGGUGCGAUAUUUCUAUUCCAGCAAAUCUUGCCGCCAACGUCAACUAGAACUUGACAAAGAACGAACAAUUUUCCCAUUCCAUCGCGGAUAUCUUACGCCCUUUUCCCCCUGUCUAUUGCCGUUUCCAAUAACACGCAACACUCACACACAUACACUAAUGGAAAUAACAAGCGGGCCGUUCUUUACGACUUCUUCGGGGUUAAUUGACAGCGUGGACAAAAAGCUCAUGGUUGUCCUGAGAGAUGGGCGUAAACUAAUCGGCACAUUACGAUCCUUUGACCAGUUUGCAAACUUGGUUUUACAAGACACAAUUGAAAGGAUAUACGUUGGCAACUGUUACGGCGACAUAGCCAGAGGCAUUUUCUUGAUCCGUGGCGAAAAUGUUGUGCUCCUCGGUGAGAUUGAUUUGGAUAAAGAGGAACGGACAAACUUGCGUAAAAUCCCCGUAGAAGAGGUCUUGGUUGCACAGCGCGAAGAGAUGGAGGCGAAACAGCGAUUAGAAAAGAUACGGAGUAGGGUACUGCAUGAGCAAGGCUUUUGUGUGGAUACUGCUCAAAAUGAUUUGUACUGAAAACAAUAAAAAAGUUUUGGCAGACGAGCUAUCGACCAUCCUUGCUUAUACCAUUUCUAUAUACUGCAAAUGAGACAAAUGCAUGAUUUACCCAAUGUCGUUGCCUGAUUCAAUUUCCUGGUCGAUAAGCCACUGCCUAUUUUGCCA